GGACGUACCAGAGUGCAGCGGUGUCGCACUCAGAGCGGUCCGGGUGAGAAAGUGGGUGAAAGGUCCAGAGGCAGGAGUGACAGCAGCUCAACAACACACCUCACCGAGACACAAACACACAUUCAAAAUGUCCAAACAGAAGCAGCAGGCGAUCAGCCCUCUGAAGAACUUCUUCGCUGGAGGCUUUGGAGGAGUUUGCCUUGUCGCAGCCGGACACCCUCUGGACACCAUUAAGGUGCGUUUACAGACACAAGCCAAACCCAAACCUGGAGAGAAGCUCAUCUAUGCUGGAACCAUCGACUGCUUUAAAAAGACCUUAGCCAAAGAGGGUUUCAAAGGACUCUAUAAAGGCAUGGCAGCCCCGAUCAUCGGGGUCACACCCAUGUUUGCUGUCUGUUUCUUUGGAUUUGGAAUGGGCAAGAAAUUCCAACAGAAAACCCCCGAUGAUAUCCUUACGUAUCCUCAGCUGUUUGCCGCAGGGAUGUUGUCUGGUGUGUUCACCACGGCCAUCAUGGCUCCUGGAGAGCGAAUCAAAUGCCUCCUACAGAUCCAGGCAGCGACAGGAGAGGUGAAGUAUUCGGGACCCAUGGACUGUGUGAAACAGCUCUACAAACAGUCUGGGAUCAGAGGGAUCUACAGAGGCACCGCUCUGACUCUCAUGAGAGAUGUUCCAGCCAGUGGGAUGUACUUCACGUCCUACGAGUGGUUGAAGAACGUCCUCACACCGGAGGGAAAAAGCCACAAUGAGCUCAGCAUUCCCAGUGUGCUGUUCGCCGGGGGCAUGGCCGGCAUCUUCAACUGGGCCGUCGCCAUCCCAGCUGACGUUCUGAAGUCACGUUACCAAACAGCUCCUGAUGGAAAAUAUCCCAAUGGUUUCCGGGACGUUCUGCGGGAGCUGAUCAGAGAGGAGGGCGUGGGCUCUCUGUAUAAAGGCUUCAACGCAGUCAUGCUUAGAGCUUUCCCUGCAAACGCUGCUUGUUUCUUAGGGUUUGAGAUGGCGAUGAAGUUCUUUAACUGGUUAGCACCGGAUCUGUGAUGAAGACUCGGCAUCGCCUUCGUUUGUGAAACCGAAGAAACACAACGUAGUUAUUAGCAGCACACACACACAUACACACACACAUACACACACACACACACACACACACACACACACACACACACACACACACACACACACACACACACACUCAAUGAAUCACAGAGAGAUUUUUCCAAUUUCCUAUAAUGUGCUUUUUAUCUUUGAAACCUCAAGCUAUGCAGGGCACUUGGAUCAUUCAGACCUGCGGUGGAUUCAGAGCAGAGAUGUUGGCUCGGUACCAAUAUACACACACACACAAACACACACACACACACAGACAGCCGAUUGUUCUCACUCCUUUUUGCUUUACUUGUUUUCUUUAAAUGGUGUUAUUUUUUAUAUCAGAAAAGGAGUGAAGUGAACAUGUCGUGCCUUACCUUUCCGUUAUCUGCGAGCAGGUGUGAAUAUCAGGGAAAAGGUGCUCUGCGUUGUUCUGUGUGUGUUCAGUCUCUCAGCAAUACAACACUUCCUGUGAGCUCCGCCUCCACUCAGCGACACCGAUGCUAGAUACACUUUCUGUUUGUUUUAAUGUGAAAUAUCAGAGUAAUCAUACUGAGAUUUAUUGAACAGUUUAUGAAUGUCAUCAUGUAAAAAUAUUAAAGCAGAAUCCAUAUUUAGAAAA